AUGGUCAUUAGCAAAAUAUGGCACUUUACAAAAUAUGGCGGGUAUACCGUUAAGUCUGGUUACGACUUGGCAAUCAAAUUGAGAAGAAAUGGAGUGAUUGGCAAGAAGGGAAAGGGUGAAUGCAGCAACCAAAGUGGACAAAGCGGUCCCUGGAAACAUAUUUGGGCUUUGCAAGUGCCUCCUAAAAUCCAGAUGUUCAUCUGGCGGUGCUACCGAAAUGUUUUAGCUGUCCGCGAGAACCUCAGACGACGGCGUGUCGAUGUGGAGGCUGACUGUCUACUAUGCGGUAACAAUGGAAAAACAGAGGUCCAUUUAUUUUUUCGGUGUGAAAUAGCCAGGUUAUUUUGGUUUGCAAGUCCUUCACAUUUAGAUGUGCAUGGGGUAGAAGGAGAAGAUUUCCUUAGCUGUUGGGAAUGUUUGCUUCAGAAGUUUGCUCAGGUUGAAAAGAUGGAUGAGAUUCUUCAAAUUGUGGCAUUUGGACUGUGGAGAAUUUGGAAAUGGAGAAAUGCGGUAGUUUUUGAAAGACAGUCUUUGGACCCCAUGGAUUUGGUAAGGUGCUUGUUCAUGCGGACUAAUGAAUAUAGGGAGGUUCAUUCAACAACCAAGGUGCUCAGAAGUGAACUGCUAAGACCACCAGACAAAACAGGGCCCCAUAGGAGAACUUGGCAGAAAACCCCCUCCCGAACUUUUUAA